AUGUCCUCUUAUGGAUCGAUUUGUGUAUUUUCUUUCUAUAUAUUUAUAGGUUGAUGAUGAGUUGCGUGACUACACAGCCCAUGCUCAUUACCUCAAGCACAGUUCUCUCCUCACCUAAUCCAAACUCUAACUGGUCGAAUCUCCUAAUUCCUCUCUCUCUUACCCACACGAUCUUCACUCCAACAUCAUCUUCUUUGCGAAUUCUUUUAAUAUAUAGUACAUAAUUUUACAUCACGGUCGUCAAAUUAUGGUGGAGUCAGGGGAAAAUUGGCCUUGUGAUCAUUCUGUAUUGGAAGUUGGUGGCGGUGGUGAUGAUGACGACGUUAAGGAUUUAUGUUUUGAAGAUGAAUUUAUUGGUGAUGAUAAUGAUGAUGGUCAUUCUUUUGCUGAGGAGACUGUAGAUCCCUUGACAGACAGAAAGGAGAGACAGCGGGAACUCUCUGAGAAAUUGCUUGCACUUUCAGCCACCAUACCUAGCAUGAAGAAGAUGGACAAUACUUCGAUCCUGGACAAAGCUAGCAACUACGUGAAACAACUUCAAGAACGUGUGAGGGAGCUAGAACAAGAAGUUGAUCAAUCCCACAUUCGUAGCAACAAAGGCACCACCUCUUGCGAAGUGAACUCUGAAAAUUACCGUACUGGUGGAAGAACAAAUGAAAAUUUUCCCGAGGUGAGAGUGAGAGUGUUACAGAAGGAAGUAAUGGUUAUAAUCCAUUGUGAAAAACAAAAGGGAAUCAUGCUCAAAAUACUCUCUCAUCUUGAAAAUCUUCAUCUCUCAGUAGCCAACACCAGUGUCUUGCAAUUUGGGAAAUCCACUCUCGACAUCACCAUUAUUGCUCAGAUGGGGGAUGAAUACAACAUGACAGUCGAUGAACUAGUCAAAACCCUGAGAGUAGCUAUCUUGACUCAGUAGCAUGUCUACGUACGUAUGGAAUAAGUACUGUACAUAGAUGGCAUCUUCAUCUUCAAAUUCAUUUAUGCUGUUGCACUCAUGUCAAUUCUUGUGUAUUCUUCUAGUUUCUGGCAUCAGCUAUAAUCUAACUUGGUAGUUAUGUUUGCUUUAGCAUUUAGAUGAAUUUUCUAUGAACUUCUACUAUGUAUUAUGGUUUUUUUUUUUUGACAGAACUAUGUAUUAUGGGUUGAUGCA